CCGGCGCCGGACGCGCACUCACACACACACCGCCGCCGCCAUGCUGCUGUUGCUGCGCGCGCUGCCGCUGCUGGCCGCCGUGCUGCCGCUGCGCGCCGACGUCAACGUCAUGAAGGACGUCACUCUCGGCUUCGGACAGGCGCUCGACAAGUGUCGCCAGGAGAGUCAACUGACGGAGGAGAAGAUGGAAGAAUUCUUCCACUUCUGGCGUGAUGACUUCAAGUUCGAGCACCGCGAGCUGGGCUGCGCCAUCCAGUGCAUGAGCCGGCACUUCAACCUGCUCACCGACUCCAGCCGCAUGCACCACGAGAACACCGAGCAGUUCAUCCAGUCCUUCCCCAACGGCGAGGUGCUGGCGCGGCACAUGGUGGAGCUGAUCCACGCGUGCGAGAAGCAGCACGACCACGAGGAGGACCACUGCUGGCGCAUCCUGCACGUGGCGGAGUGCUUCAAGCAGGCGUGCGUGCAGCGCGGCGUCGCGCCCUCCAUGGAGAUGAUGAUGACCGAGUUCAUCAUGGAGGCGGAGGCGCGCUGACCUGCUGUCUCACCCACCGGUACCACAUACUUACUAGGCACGGAAACAUGUGUAGCAAUAAGACGACUCUUAGAUACAUAAUGAAGUAUGUAUUAUAGUUAGUAAUGUAAGUACCCAGUUGUAGGGGCCGCGGAAUACGGCAACCGAUUUACUUCACGACUUAAGCUUGCAAAUGGAUCUGACUAUUAGCUUUAAGGUUGAUAUUUAUAGUUAAGUAAUGAUAACAAUAUUUGAUUAUUUAUUAAAUAAACAUUAAGUCCAUGAGUAUGACAUUUCAGUCACCAAUCUGGUUCUGGAGUCAUUAAAGUUAUAAGUAUAAACUGAAA